GUAACAAUGGCAGCUAUGGGACGUAAAUUGCUAAACAACCUGAAAAGCAAAGAGUUCAGGGAAUAUUUAAUGAGCACCCACUUUUGGGGACCGGUCGCGAACUGGGGCAUUCCUAUUGCGGCGCUCGGCGAUCUGAAGAAGGAUCCUAAGAUCAUAUCCGGAACAAUGACGACUGCCCUUUGCCUGUAUUCGCUCGUAUUCAUGCGCUUUGCGUGGAAAGUUCAACCAAGAAAUAUGCUUCUUUUCGCGUGUCACAUCACAAACUUUACUGCACAAGGUUUGCAAGGUGCUCGGUUUCUCGAGUACCACCAUAUGGGCGGUAAGGAACGGAUGAAGAAGGCAGAAGUGCAACAAGUGGCAUAAAUCGUUGGCCAACAAUGAAGAAGUUAC